AUGGCUAAACGGUCGCUGCUGACUGGCUCCUGGAAGAUGAUGAACUUCUCUGGUGGCGUUCAUGGCAACGUGGACAGGGUGUUCCAAACAUCGUUGCCCGCAGCCUGGGCUGCACUGAUGUGCCCAUUCACCUGGAACGGCCGAAGGACGAGCGUGAGCUUCAGCGUGCUGACGCCUCGCCUUGUCACACGCCUCGCCUUGGCCGACGGCUACGUUCAUUUCGAUGUGCGGAUGGAGGAGUCAGGCCGCGUUGUGUCGCCGGAGCAUUGGAUCGUGGCCUUCACCCACCGGAAGGCCAAGCCCAGGUAUACCACCGGCCUCCUGUCCAUGCACAUCAUCCCGGAAGAGAAGGUGCCGGAGGGCUACCAGGCCUUGCCGCAGGAGGUGGACCCUUUGGGACGAGGGCCCCGGGAGUACUUGGAGUUCGAGCUUCUGCUGCGCGCGGAAGCCCCGGAGCUUCACAUCACCGCAGGCCCGGUGCGGGAGAACCCCUCCACGGGGCACCGGGAGUCCAUGCGGAUCGACCUGGGCAGGAGUGUUCGCCAGAUCUUCAAGGACAACUUCGAGAUCCAGGGCAAGAAGUUGAUGCGGAGCCGAUGGUUCAUUUGCCUGGAGACUUUGCGCCUGGUGGCGAACUGCAACAACUUGGACUGCCGGGGCCUGGACGACCUGGCGGCGCCCCCGGUGCAGUGGGCCCGGGACCCGGGGCCUGGUCCGCCAUCUGCAACGGUUCAUCUGCAGGAGCGAUUUCGCUGGAGGAAGGGGUGA